AUGUAUCAAUACAUUGUUCUUUUACUUGUAUGCUAUUCAGCAGUUAAUGCUGGUCCAAUCAAUUUAUUUUUAAAUGCAACUAUUGAUGAUCAACCAAAUUUAGAAAUUAUUGAUGGUGAUAUUGCAUUCGAGGCCGGUAAAGCACCUCCUCUUGGUUCAGAGAGAAACGCUUACAUUCAAGCAUCAAAAUGGACUGGUGGUACUAUUCCAUAUUUAAUCGACGGAGGAGUUUAUACAGCUGCACAAAUUCAAACAAUUAGAAAUGCAAUGCUUAGAAUUGAACAACAAACAAGUAGUUGUAUUCGUUUUGUACAACGUACAAAUCAACCAACAUGGAUACGAAUCUUUCCUGGCUCAGGUUGUUGGUCAUACAUGGGACGAACAAAAACAAGCGGUGCACAAGAUCUUUCAAUUGCUACUCCAGGCUGUGCUUAUCAAGAUAUUGUUAUGCAUGAAUUAAUACAUGCUGCUGGUUUCGCUCAUGAACAGACUAGACCUGAUCGAGAAUCAUUUGUUACUAUUAACUAUAACAAUAUUCAAAGUGGUACUGAAAGUAACUUUCAAAGAUAUCUUACAACACAAGCAGACACACUCGGUAGAGCUUAUGAUUAUGCUUCUAUCAUGCAUUAUAAAUCGACCGCUUUUUCUAAAAAUGGUCAAGCAACAAUAACUGCAAAAAACGGUGUUUCAGCAGCAAUAUUAGGAAGUUCAAAAGAAAUGACCUCUUUGGAUGUACAAAAACUUCGAGCAUAUUAUGGUUGUGCUUAA